GUGGGCCUCAAUGUUCCUGCUUCUGUUCGUUAUUCCCAUACAGAUGUCAAGGUGCCCGACUUCUCCGACUACCGCCGCGCUGAUGUUCUAGAUAGUACAAAGUCUUCUAAAGAGAGCAGUGAGGCUAGAAAAGGCUUCUCUUACCUGAUAACUGCAACUACUACUGUGGGUGUUGCAUAUGCUGCCAAGAAUGUGGUCACCCAGUUUGUUUCCAGCAUGAGCGCGUCUGCUGAUGUACUGGCCAUGUCGAAGAUUGAGAUCAAGUUGUCUGAUAUUCCAGAAGGAAAGAACAUGGCUUUCAAAUGGAGAGGCAAACCUCUGUUUGUGCGCCACAGAACCCAGAAGGAGAUUGCCCAGGAAGCUGCAGUUGAAGUGUCCCAGCUGAGGGAUCCACAGCAUGAUUUAGAGCGAGUUAAGAAACCUGAAUGGGUUAUUCUGAUAGGUGUCUGCACUCAUCUUGGUUGUGUACCCAUUGCAAACGCAGGAGAUUUUGGUGGCUAUUAUUGCCCAUGCCAUGGGUCACACUAUGAUGCCUCUGGCAGGAUCAGGAGGGGCCCUGCGCCUCUCAACCUGGAAGUGCCUACCUAUGAGUUCACCAGUGAUGAUGUAGUUGUUGUGGGUUAGACACUGGACUCAGGCCUAGGCUUCUUUCCGUCUUGUCCAUCAGAAGAGUUGAGAGUAAGCCCUGUGUACUUCUAGAUUGGUUGAUUUAAAAUAUUUAAGAAUUGUGAAUGUGUUGGCAAACAUUAAUGUGAAGUAAUUUAAUUCACUCUUAAAUAUUGUCAAGCAUUAUCGUAAUAAAGCCACUGUUGAGCAUCAUUAAAUUUAGUCACAGACUUGAAAGGUGCAAUGUCUUUUAUAGCUAAUUCUAAUAAAACAUUACAGAUUGUUGCACAUGA